CCAUGGGGUUGCAAAGAGUCAGACGUGACUGAGCAAUAAUAUAAUAAUUUUAUUUUUAAAAGAACCUAAAUGGGUAUGUGUGUUUUUAGCAAAUAAACACCUGAUAUUGUCUGUCACCCAGCAUCUCUUAUUACUAGCCUUGUUCUACAGAGAUGGUAAUUACAUUCUUAAAGCUUCAAACUGGUGACUUUGGGGGUCUCAAAUACUGCACUUCUCACAACUCUAACUGGUAAUACAGGAGAUGUUAACUAGCUGCAUGUGAAACUUUAAAAUUUCAUUUUCAGCAAAAAGAUCUAUGUAAUUAGAAUGUAUUUGACCACUCAUUCCUGGGCACUAUCAAAGGAGCACAUAAUUCACAAAACUAUUAAGAACACACACAAACAACAACCUAACAGGCUGACUCCAUCAAAAGAAAAAAAACAGCUUUCAAUUUUUCAGAAAAAGCCUUAAGAGGAGAAACGAAACCCUUUUUUUCUCUAGUUAUUUGACAGGUGCUGGCUAAUAUAACUAGAAAGAUGGGAAUGCCUUACUUUUCUUAAAAAAUCUAUUUACUCCGACUUUAUUAAUAAAUAAAUUUUAAAGGAUAUUUGAAGAAGACAACACAUUACAAAUCCAUUUUUAACUUUUUUUUUUUUUUUUUAAGCAACACAACAUAUAUAUCUACUCAAAGAACCUUCAAAAUCCACUUUGGGAAAAAUACCUAAGAAUAUUUCUAAGACAACAAACUACAGUGUCAGUUUGGUUACAUAUCUGAAGAAAACGAAUCUUAGCUGCCAAUUCGACAGCAUUUCUUAAGAACAGCCUAGACUAGUGCCUUUAAAAGUGACAGAGGUAAUUAAGAGAUCUGGAAAGAAAAACGCACUGACUACUCAAAGUUUGUGCUUGCUUAAGGAGCUUUUAAAAACUUUUUGUCAGAAGCUACUUAAAUGUAGUGCCUUGUAUAAACUCAGUUUUAAACUACGUUUUAAUCUUCUUUCAAAGUGAUCCAGAAAGUUGGAAGCAUGGUGUGAUCAAAAUCUUUUCCAAGAUUAGCAGAGGAAGAGAGGGGUCCAAGUACCUUGUAAAAUCCCCCUGCCCUAAAUCCUCCAAAUUAAUGCUAUUAUUUGCAGUCUUUCGAAUCCUGAUUUGGGCAGAACCGGUCCAACAUCACAGAAAGCUGGGGAUGAGCAAGCUUGCCCAUGGAAAGUAGAGGGAAAAGGAGGAAACGCAAUGACUCACUACCAGGAGCUCCUCUGGACUUUGCCCCGAGCCUGACACCGCGGGUGGUGGAUAAGGAAGUUGCUCCAUUCUGCAAGAGAAGCAACCAGACUUUUCACGGAGGGGAAACUCGAAGCCCCAGAGGAGAUGCUGCAGUGAGGAAAAAGCCAGAACGCCCGUCCCGCGCCUCCGUUCAGGUUAACAACAGGAAGGCUGGUCCCGGGCACCCCCCGCCCCUUCCCUCCCCACCCCCACUUAGAGGAGGAGGGGGCGCUCGGUGCAGGAACCGGAGAGGAAUUGCAGGCGGCAGCAGGGCGGGGCUCCACAAGGGGCCCCGGCAGGAGCCAGCUCCCAGGCAGCUGCUUUCAGAAUCGGAAGGAGAGAAGGAGAGAGAGCGGGAAGGAGUCGGUGACCCCGCCCCAGCCCACGCCCAGCCUCCAGGCGGCAUUAGGACUUUUCCGGCUGGGCUGCCCGGCAGCAGGCAGGACGGGGACGCGGACGCUCGCAAACCCAGCCAACACUCCGCAAGAAUGGAAAUCCCUCCGACCCACUACCCGGCAGCCAGGGCGGCCUCGGUGGUCGAGAGCUGCAUCAACUACCAGCAGGGGACCCCGCACAAGGUGUUUCUGGUGCAGACAGUCACACAAGCCAGCCUGGAGGAUAUUCCAGGAAGAGGACAUAAGUAUCGCCUUAAAUUUUCUGUGGAAGAAAUUAUCCAAAAAGAAGUUACAGUGAACUGCACAGCUGAAGUACUGUACCCUCUAAUGGGACAAGAUACUGCACCAGAAGUCAACUUCACAUUUGAAGGAGAGAUUGGAAAAAACCCAGAUGAAGAAGAUAACACAUUUUAUCAAAGACUCAAGUCCAUGAAGGAACCACUAGAAGCACAAAAUAUUCCAGACAGUUUUGGAAAUGUACCUCCAGAAAUGAAGCCAGUUCGACAUUUAGCCUGGGUUGCCAGUGGUUAUAUAAUAUGGCAAAAUUCUACUGAAAAUACAUGGUAUAAAAUGGCAAAAAUUCAAACUGUCAAGCAAGUGCAAAGAAAUGAUGACUUCAUCGAGUUAGACUACACUAUUCUCCUUCAUGACAUUGCAUCUCAGGAGAUUAUUCCUUGGCAAAUGCAAGUUCUCUGGCAUCCACAAUAUGGUACUAAAGUAAAACAUAAUAGCCGUCUGCCAAAGGAAGCACAAUUGGAAUAAACAAGGACCAUAACACUGGAUAAAGUGUAAACACGCUUGUUAAUGAUGACCUGUAUACCAGUCUUCACUGAUAUCUAGCUUAAGGGGUUAGACAAAUCCCAAAAGUGUCAUUAUGUAUAAAUGGCCUGAUUACAGUACAGAACUAUAUAGCUUCCAUAAUAAAGCGCAUCACAGUGUGAAAGUGUCUUAUCAACAGUAACAGUGCCAUGUAUACCCCUAAUAAAAGCUUUUAAUUCCAGCCUCA